CAAGUACAAUAAGGAUAAGAAAAAAUUUCCAAAUAAAUGCUCGAAAAUAAAAUAUAGAAACAAUUUUCUAUGACAUAGCAAAGAGGACAAAGUAUUCUGUCAUCUAAUCUGUGAUAUAAAAAUGUAUGGAAAAAUCUGAGUGAUGCCAAAAAAAUUUGCUACUGAAAACCCCAAAGCAGCCGCUUCUAGGGAAAGAAAGAAAAAUGCGAAAGAUGCAGAAAUCGCCAAGAAACAGAAGGCUGCUGAGGAUGCUGCUUGGAAAGAUGAAGAUAAACAAGUUCUGAAAAAGCUACAAAGGAAGGAAGAAUUAGAAAAGAAGAAACAACAGCAACUUGAAAGGAAGGCAGAAGCAAAAGCAUUGUUAGAAAAGGAAAUGAUUUCAAUAAAACCGAACAAGCCACAGCCCUCUGCUAAAGUCACCCGUGCACAAAUUGGCCAAAUAAAAACUGUAUCUAAUAAAAAAGAAGAGGGAAAAGUGGAAACUCAUCUAGAAACACCUUUAACAGAGAAUAUCAACAGAUUGACCGUUGAUGGAGAGGAAGCAAGAAGUGUGACAGAAGCUAUAGCUGUUCUGAGUUCUGAACUCAAAGACAUUGAUUUACACCCUGAAAAACGUAUGAAAGCAGCUUACAAUGCAUUUGAAGAAAGAAGACUAAGUGAACUCAAAAUAGAGCAUCCUUCCUUACGACUGUCGCAGCUUAAGCAAAUGAUUUUCAAAGAAUGGCAAAAAUCACCAGAAAACCCACUAAAUUCAAAUAAUUAAUUUAUGCUAUAAUUCCAAUUUAUAGGUCUUUUCUUACUUUGUUCCAAAUAUCUCAGUGCUCAUGCUGUAUUGAGGUAAUUUGUUAGAAAACAUUUCUUAUGUUGAAUUAAUCGAAUUAUAUGUUCGAAUUGUUGAAGUGAAAUUUUACCUUGAUUUGAGCAGACAAUAAAAAAUACAUUUGUAAAA